AGAGCUCCAGGUUCAUUCUGUGAUACAACAGGUCAACUUAUCUUUUAUAGAAAGUUGUGUUAAUAUUAAAUUUUGAAUUGCAUGGCUGUUAACUAUAGAAAGGGAUUGCGAACUUAUGAAAAUGAAAAGUUUGACAGAAAAGUAACUGCUGUUUGGGAUGAAGAUGAUGAUCAACCAGACUAUGAGGAAAUAGCCAAAUACGUUAAUAAUCCGUCGGAAGAAAAAAAGAAUCAAAAUAAAUAUACAGGUUGGAAUGAACGUGGUAAGAGUAAAUCUAGAAAUUCACACAAGAAAAAGUUUGGGAACAACAGAAAUGAAAACGCAAAAGACAUCGACUUACAGCUACCUACAAAACAACUGGUGGAUUUGAAAGUAGUAAGCAGAAAAUGGAGAACCUCAUGUGUAGUAUCUGCCUUUGUAAUUGUUGGGUUAAUGUCAGCUCUUUUGUGGUUGAUGCUAUCAACAAAGGCGUCUCCAUGUGAAUAUGUACAGUGUCUUCAUAAUGGGAAUUGUUCUGUUUCCGGAGACAAAGCAAUCUGCAACUGCCAUGAUGGUUUUUAUGGAUUGAAAUGUGAAGGUACCCCAUGUGUUAACUAUAGCUAUGACAAUAGUGGAACGUGUUUUCUGGAUGAAUUUCAGCCAAAAUGUGCAUGUAAAAAUGGAUUUACUGGUGACAAUUGUACAAUAACGCCAUGUUCCAGAUUACCAUGCGAACACGGUGGGAAUUGUUUAGUGAACGGUUCGAUUUUUUCUUGUACUUGUUUAAACGGAUUUUCAGGAUUACAAUGUGAAAUUUAUGUAGCAGACCAUGUUCAUUCAGGAUCUCAACAGCGAUCACAACUGGACAAUACAUUCGAACUCUACUAGUAGUAUUGAUACUGGUCCUUUCUCGGCUUAUAAAGGCGACUACUACUUGUAUUUUGAGACAUCUUCACCCGUUAAAACAGGAUCUGUUGCGAGAUUAUUUUCACGGGAUUUCAUAUUUGAAUCUACUGGAUGUCUAAAGUUUCAUUACCACAUGUAUGGUUAUGGAAUGGGUACCUUAUACGUAUAUCAAGGAAGCAGACGUAUUUGGAUGAAAUCGGGAAAUCAGGGAAAUCAAUGGCAGCUUGCCGAACUUCACCUUCGAUCUAACAGUUUCAAUAGCUCAAAGGUAUCCUUUGAAGCCGUGUGUGGAACAAAUUUCACAAGUGAUAUUGCUAUAGACGACAUUCAAGUACUUCUAUCAAGCUGCUGAACAUUUUCAAUAACUAGUAAAAAGAAUAUUACCAUAAAUAUAUAAUUGGUCAACAGACAUUACUGACAUUAGACACGUGUUAAUGGAAACACAAUAUGAAGAUUUUAUGUUUCAAAAACACCGUUUGUUUAAGGGAGAUUCAAUUUUUUAUCAUUUUUUAUUUUCGCAAUAAAAAUUGUUUAAUUAUGACUAUUUAUUAAUAAAAAAAAUUAUAAUGAUGACUACAAUACGAAUAACGAUCUUGUAUGAUAUUUUAUAAAGUAAGAGAUCUUUUGAAAUUUCUACGAAUGCCGUAUGUUGAAUGAAUGAGAUAUGGUUAAGUUACUUUUUGUUAGCGGCGUAAACUUUCUCAAAUAACUUCUUUGAAACCAAUUAAUUAACUGAA